AUGAUAUUUUUAAAUAUAAUUCUCCUGCUUUGCUGCCUACAAGAUAUUAGAGGUCAGUUCGAGAAACCCUUGAAUAAAUAUAUUCGCCAUUAUGAGGGAUUAUCGUAUGACAUCGAAGCCCUGCACAACAGUCACCAGAGAGCCAAGAGGGCCCUCUCUCCUCAAGACAGGACCGUGCAGCUCGACUUCCAUGCACAUGGAAGACAAUUUAACUUGCGGAUGAUGAGAGAUACAACUACAUUUUCCCCAGAUCUAAUCAUUGAUGUAUCUGGAGAGGAGACACCCAUUGAUACAUCACAUAUUUACAGUGGAGAAAUCUUUGGCGAAAAGGGCACCCUGACCCAUGGCUCCGUGGUUGACGGCCGCUUUGAAGGCUUCAUUAAAUCCCAUCAAGGAACAUACUACAUUGAACCCUCGGAGAGGUACCUGAAGGACCAGAAUGUGCCCUUCCACUCCGUCAUCUAUCAUGAGGAUGACAUCAAUUAUCCUCAUAAGUAUGGCUCAGAGGGCGGCUGCGCUGACCACUCGGUGUAUGAGAGGAUGUUGAAAUACCAAGCAACUGGAGUAGAGGAGCCAGAAAAAGGGGUAAGCAGUGUAUCGGAGGAAGAGAAAUCCAAUGGUCCUGUUAUUCUGAGGAGGAAGAGAGCAACAGCAAAGGAGAAAAACACUUGCCAGCUCUUCAUCCAGACUGACCACCUCUUCUUCAAAUACUACGGCACAAGAGAGGCUGUCAUUGCCCAGAUCUCCAGCCAUGUGAAGGCCAUUGACUCCAUUUACCAGGGCACAGACUUCCUGGGCAUCCGAAACAUCGCCUUCAUGGUUAAAAGGAUCAGGAUAAAUACUACCGACGAUGAAAAAGACCGAACUAACCCUUUUCGCUUUGCCAACAUUGGAGUGGAGAAGUUUCUGGAGCUUAACUCUGAGCAGAACCACGAUGACUACUGCCUGGCCUACGUCUUCUCCGACAGGGACUUUGAUGAUGGGGUUCUUGGCUUGGCUUGGGUCGGAGCUCCUUCAGGAAGUUCUGGGGGCAUCUGUGAGAAGAGCAAGCUGUACUCUGACGGAAAGAGGAAGUCUCUGAACACUGGCAUCAUCACUGUGCAGAACUACGCCUCCCACGUCCCUCCCAAGGUGUCACACAUUACCUUCGCUCAUGAGGUUGGGCACAACUUUGGCUCUCCUCAUGACUCUGGGCUUGAAUGCACCCCUGGAGAGUCUAAGUCGCAGGAUAAAAAGGAGCAGGGCAACUACAUCAUGUACGCCAGAGCCACAUCAGGGGACAAGCUCAACAACAACAAGUUCUCUAUCUGCAGCAUCCGCAAUAUAAGCGCUGUUCUGACGAAGAAGAGAGAUUCCUGUUUUGUUGAGUCUGGUCAGCCGAUCUGUGGUAACGGACUAGUGGAAGAAGGAGAAGAGUGCGACUGCGGCUACAGUGAUCAGUGUGGUGACCCCUGCUGCUAUAACGCCAAUGAAGGGGAGGGCAAAAAAUGCAAACUCCAACCUGGCAAAAUCUGCAGUCCCAGCCAAGGCCCCUGUUGCACACGAGAGUGUUCCUUCAAGGGCUCAAAUGCCGAGUGCAGAGUGGAGUCUGAGUGCGCCCAACAGGGAACGUGCAACGGAGCUACUCCUCUGUGUCCUUCAUCCGAACCAAAGGCUAACUUCACCUCCUGCCAUUCGGAAACACAAGUCUGCCUCAAUGGGGUGUGCUCUGGAUCCAUUUGUGAGAAGUACGGUCUGGAGGUCUGCACCUGUGCCAUGGAAGAAAGCAAGGAUGAGGCCGCUGAGCUGUGCCACGUGUGCUGCAUGGAUAAAAUGAAGCCCACCACCUGCAGCAGCACAGGCUCAGAAAAAUGGGCCCAAUUCUUCAACAAGAAGACCACCACGCUGCAGCCCGGCUCCCCCUGCAACGACUUUAAGGGCUACUGUGAUGUGUUCAUGAGGUGUCGUCUGGUGGACGCAGACGGGCCUCUGGCAAGGCUGAAGAAAGCCAUUUUCAAUGCAGAACUCUAUGAAAAUAUUGCUGAGUGGAUAGUGGCUCACUGGUGGGCGGUGCUCUUGAUGGGCAUUGCUUUGAUUAUGCUGAUGGCCGGCUUCAUCAAGAUCUGCAGCGUCCACACCCCCAGCAGCAACCCCAAACUGCCCCCUCCAAAGCCACUGCCAGGUACGCUGAGGAGGAAGCAGCAGCGGCAGCAGCAGGCGCAGCAGCAGGCUCAGGCUCUGCCUCAGGGCCAGGGCCAGCGCCACCACCGCCAGCCCAGAGAGAACUAUCAGAUGGGCCAAAUGAGACGCUGAGAACCGGCUCUGCUCUUUGUCUUGGGUCUUCCUAGUGCCUACAGUAGGAGCACUUCACUCCAAAGAGUUACCUUAACAACCUAUUCAAAGAUCUUGCAAAUGGAUCGAUUUCACUGAACAAAGCCCAAAGGUUUUUUUUGGGCCUAACAAACACCUCUGCUCGAAGAGCCAGAAUAGCAGUGGUUCACACAGCUUUUAUAGUAAAUAAAUAACUUUUCCAAGGAAAAACAGGAGCAGAAAUGCACUGAUCUUUGUUAUGUGGUCUUAAUCUUUGAACGUGUUUUGUUUUCUAUCAGAAUGAAGGAGAGUGAAGCAGCUUGUGUAAGAGUCUCCUUCCUCUGUCCUUGAUCUGUGCUCCCUCUUUUUUCUUUUCCUAUUCUUCCACUCUGAAGUGCUGCCAUCUUCAGCACGAUGGCAGGACUGCAAGUCACAUAGGUAUUUACUGCCAUCAAAAACAGCAAUGACACAUUUAAACAGAAAAACACAUAUUUUGCCAAUGUUAAUAGAUUGUUUGAAAAGCUCAAAGCACCAUCAAGUUUUAGUUUCUCAAGUUGCUCAUGUUCUUCCAGCGUGCAAUCGUUCAGAUGUGGCAGUAGGUUUAUUUUAGUUUCAAAUGAAAUUCUUUAUAAUGAAGAUUAUUUACUGUUUUAGUUCACUUUCUCAGGAUUAAUAAAACAAUAGCAAACAAGUGUAUUUAGUGAAGAAGAUUGGCUGCAUGCAUAUUUCAGGGUAAAGUCCCUCCUGGCUGAAGGCUGUAUAUAAGGGUCCACGCUAGCUGCCACAGGAUUUAGAGGACAGGUUGUAUGAAAAGAAUGUAAAAAAAGGAGAUUAACAAGAUUAUUUUGUCAUCUGUUAUCCGAUGGAGGGGAGAUUGAUUAUCUUGGUCUGUAUAUUCUUGUCAUAUGGUUUUGCAGCUGCGUUUACAUAGAGAUAUAGUCUGGGGAUGACAUAUAUGGUGAGAGAAUAGCUUUUAUCAUCCUGAUUGGAACACACUUUUUUUCUGUCAUAGCCGUUUUUUCUGGACUUGUUGCUUUGGCUCUGAUUCGUCACACUCAACCUUUUGCUACAGUCGGAAUAGUUGAAGCAACAAGGAAAGUGUGUAACGCUUGGAACAAAGAGAUAUGCAUAUAUAAGAAGCUAUUACAGAAAAAAAGUGUUCCACAAUGUCCUGCCCACCUUUUCACUUCUUUCAUGCACACCUCUUAAAUUGCACACACUGGCAGUUGUUUUACGAAAUGACAAAAUAUGUUAAAACCACUCAACAGCAGUUGAAUCCUCUUAAUGAGAAAUGUUUCUGGUUUAAAUGUGAUUUAGCUUUUAUUGAUUUUACUUGCAGUUCAGAUUAUUUGUAUAUGUUGAGGAAUUUAAUACAUUGAGGAAACCUAGAGCUUCUAAUUAUAUUGUUACUCUCUUGCUACUUUUCACAGAGCGAUCAAUCAUUGUGUGUCAGCUCUUCUAUCUUUUACUUUCCUACUGGUCUUGAUUUCCUCAAGGAAUUUUGUUACCAUUGUCACAUCCUCUUGGUUUGUGUAAUUGCAUUUAAAAUGUGCCUAUUCGGGGCAGUGUGACUGAAGUUAGCGAAGUAUCAGUGAUUUUUAUCGAGGCAUGCAUCAGCUGGCAGUUUGUCCAAGCACUGUUAUCAACCUGGACUGCUGAAGUGGAAAUACAUAUUGGAAGUGUUGUGGUUUAGGGCUUGGCAGUGUAUGGUAAUCAUAGGAGGAAAUGUAAGGGAUGAUUGUCAUAUAAACCAAAUGUUACAAACACACAUUUUCAUAUAAUAAUCCACACUUAUUUCAGAUCUUUUGAGAGAUUUUAAUUUGUAUCUACUUGUAUAAUAGUCUUCUAUUGCCCGGCUUAAAUUGAGUUUUCAGUCUCCUCCAACCAGAUUAAACUUAAUUUCACUGAUGUAUGAAUGAGAGUGGAGUCGAGUUAUUGGCAUGAGAAAUAUAUAUAUAUAUGUAUACUUGGGAUAAACUUGGUAAAGCAAAGACAGAUCUUUUUUUUCUUAUCCUUGCAAAAGAGUUGUAUGGAGCACGGCUGCAGCUCAGCGUUGUUUUCUGUGCAGGGAGACAGGAUGUUGUGUUGACGUUCAGAUAGAUUCUAUGCAGAGUAACAGCAAACAAGUUACCCUCUUCACAGAUAAAUGCCUUCGAUGUUUUAUCCCAAAUGGGUACAUGAAAUAAUAAUAAUCUUGCUUUCAUAACCGUGUUCAAUCUUCACUCAUGUCUCUGUGCUGCAUUCUAGACUACAAUGCAAUCCUGUGUCGCUCCAUUUACCGAUUUCCUUUCCUUUCUGGUGCUACUGGCAGUGCUUUGUAUUUGGUCUUAAGGUGUAUUUUUCAUUAUCUUUGGCACAUUUUAAUUUUCUUUUCUGCGUGUGUGAUCUGCUUUGCAAAAUCAUCUUUAUCUUUUGUUGUUGACAUGGUAAGAUGUGGACAACACUGGGUGUUAGGGGGAAAUACUCUGGAAGUUGUUCAGUCUUUUACAUGUUCUGAAUUUUAAGGAAAUGUGCACUAGAGUGUAAGUGAUGCAAAAUGGUUUAGAUUCAGUACUUCUGUCUGAUUUUAAUGUCUCCUGUGUUUUAUACAGUGUCUUCAAUUGUCUUUAUUUUUUAUUUACCUUUUUGUUCUUUUUUCUCAUUUUGCUUACUUUGAAAAGUUAUUGUGCAAAAAUAUUAUUUCUUUUGAACUACUUGAAAUGCAUUAAUAAACCAGAGUUGAUCAAUA